AUCAUCAUCAUCACAAAAAAGAAACAUUCUUAAAGAGAGCAAAAACUACCAACCCAAAUGAUAACAUCAAAGGAUGUCUACCAUGUGGUUGCAGCCACAAUCCCACUGUAUGUCGCCAUGAUACUUGCCUACACAUCAGUGAAAUGGUGGAAGCUGUUCACCCCAGAGCAAUGUGGUGGGAUCAACAAGUUUGUGGCCAAGUUCUCCAUCCCAUUGCUCUCCUUCAUGAUCAUCUCGGCCAACAACCCUUAUAACAUGAGCCUGAGGCUCGUACUCGCGGAUUCGGUUCAGAAACUGCUGGCGAUUGUGUUGAUUGGAGUGGUCACCAGGUUCUGGUUCAGAGGUUGGAGGCUGAGUUUGGUCAUUACAGGGCUGUCUCUGUCGACAUUGCCCAACACGUUGAUCAUCGGGGUCCCGGUUUUGAAGGCUAUGUAUGGUGGCGAGGCAGAGUCACUGCUGUCUCAGAUUGUGUUCCUGCAGAGCAUUGUUUGGUACAAUUUCCUGCUGUUUCUGUUUGAGGUCAAUGCUGCCAUGGCUGCAACUGCUAACCCCUCUCCAGAAGUUGCAGGUGUGGGAACCAUAGGGAUGGUUCUGAUCAAGGAGAAUCAAAGGAUGGAGCAGCAGAACAUGAACAAGAAGCUUCUGAGAACAGAGGAAGGGAAGUGAAGAAGACAAUAAUGUCCAUUCUCAUCAUAGUUGGAGGCAAGCUGAUCAGGAAUCCCAACUUUUAUGCUACUUCGAUUGGCUUUGUCUGGGCUUGCAUUCAUUUCAGGUGGGGGAUAAAGCUGCCAGAUGUUAUCAAUAACUCCAUCAUGAUAUUGGCAACAGGUGGACUUGGCAUGGCAAUGUUCAGCUUAGGGCUGUUCAUGGCAUCAAGGGCGAGUGCAACUGCUUGCAGAAUCCGAGUGGCAGACGUGGCAGCCAUGGCGAUGAAGUUCGUUGCAGGGCCGGCUCUAAUGGCACUCUCUUCUGUCGUUGUAGGAUUGAGGGGCAGAGUGCUUCGAGUUGCCAUUGUUCAGGCUGCUCUGCCACAAGGGAUAGUGCCAUUUGUGUUUGCUAAAGAGUACAAUGUUCAUCCGGAUGUUUUGAGCACAUCAGUCAUAUUUGGGAUGCUCAUUGGGUUGCCAAUCUCUCUUGUCUAUUACUCACUGCUUGCAUUCUGAAAAUCCAAGAUCAUCCCUCUCAAAUGCUGAAGUAUGAAUUUGCUUUAGUUAACAUAUGUUCUCUUUGCCAUGCACCCCUCGGAUCUGCUUUGAUAGGCAGAGUAGUUGUGGUACUGACAAUCUCACAUAAAUAACAAUAUGUUGGCCAUGAUUGGUGUUCAAUUAAACUCUUGG